UGGUUUUUUUGUUGCGUUUUCUGUUGUUGUUUGAUUUGUUUUGCAACUCGACUUUUUAUUUGCGAACAGUUAUUUGCAGCCCCCACUCCCCCUCUCCCAUUCCCUCGUUCCCAAUUCCUCCCCCCUUUCCACCUCCACGUCGCUGAUGCCUCUGCAAAAAGCAGAGUCAAGACGGCUCAGUUAGCAGCAUGUCUCGUCGAAAGCAAGCGAAACCCCAGCAUCUCAAAUCGGACGAAGAGCUGCAAGCGGAGGUAGUUUCUGAGCACGCAGUCCCAGGAGAAGGAGCAGAUGAUGGUGAUAGCGGAAACGAGAGCAAGAGUGGAAGCGAAGAAACCAACAUUUGCGAGAAGUGCUGUGCAGAGUUCUUCAAGUGGACAGACUUUCUGGAGCACAAGAAGAACUGCACUAAAAACCCCCUGGUGCUGAUCGUGAAUGAAGAUGAAGCAGCUCCACCCCCUGCUGAGGAGUUCCCUGAGCCCUCACCCGCUAGCUCUCCUAGUGACCAGGCAGAGAGUGAAGCUGCUGAAGAAGGCGUCCAGGGAGAAAACAAUGAUAGCUCUGAAAUAAAAACCACAGAAAAGGAAGAAGAGCCAAUGGAGGUAGAAACUUCUGCUGAGAAAAGUUUCAAGAAUCAAGGCACCUCAAACACAGCUACUCCUCUACCUCAGAUCCCUGAACUAUCUUCCAUGACAAGCUAUAACAUGCCAAACACCAAUGUUACGCUAGAGACUCUGCUGAGCACUAAAGUGGCUGUUGCGCAGUUCUCACAGAGCGCACGGACCACUGCUUCUGCGAGCAUCAGCAGCGGAGUGACGGCCGUGGCUAUCCCCAUGAUCCUGGAGCAGCUCAUGGCCCUGCAGCAACAGCAGAUUCAUCAGCUCCAGCUAAUUGAGCAGAUCCGCAGUCAAGUGGCGAUGAUGAACCGCCAGCCACUACGGCCAUCCCUCAAUACAAUUGUGGCUGCCCAGGGUGGUCCCGGGCAAGCAUCGAACCAGCUGCAGGGAUUUGCCACCGGCGCAGCAGUCCAGCUCACUGCAGUCAUUCCUUCUGCCAUCGUGGGGCAGGCCACCAGUGGUCAGCCUGCUGCCUUUGAUGGCUCUCAGCACAUCUCAAGACCUACAUCUGGAGCAAGUACGCCCAGUAUAUCCAGCAGUGGUGCUUCUGCCCCACCUGAAUCAAGCAUACCUUCCUCCUCAAAUGCAAUUACAUCCAUAACUGCUGUUUCCGUGUCAAACGCUCAUAACAGUGCUUCGCAGCCCCAGAAUGCUUCAACUCCACCUUCAAUAGGACAUGGAAGCCUCACCUCAGUGUCCAGCCUGCCAAACCCACUUCUACCUCAGACUUCAUCAAAUAGCGUGAUCUUCCCCAAUCCGCUGGUUAGCAUCGCUGCAACAGCUAAUGCGCUAGAUCCUUUGUCCGCCCUUAUGAAGCACCGCAAAGGAAAGCCACCAAAUGUGUCAGUGUUUGAACCCAAGUCAAGCUCGGAAGAUCCCUUUUUUAAACAUAAAUGCCGAUUUUGUGCCAAGGUCUUUGGAAGUGACAGUGCUUUACAAAUUCACCUCCGCUCGCAUACAGGCGAAAGACCUUUUAAAUGUAACAUAUGCGGAAACCGCUUUUCCACAAAGGGCAACCUGAAAGUUCACUUUCAGAGGCAUAAAGAGAAAUACCCUCAUAUUCAGAUGAACCCUUAUCCUGUUCCAGAAUACCUCGAUAAUGUGCCCACCUGCUCUGGAAUACCAUACGGGAUGUCACUGCCCCCGGAAAAGCCAGUCACAACAUGGUUAGACAGCAAACCUGUUUUACCGACUGUCUCAACUUCCAUUGGGCUGCAGCUGCCACCCACUAUACCUGGUGUGAACAAUUACGGAGAUUCUCCAAGUAUCACUCCUAUGAGCAGGUCACCCCAGAGGCCUUCCCCUGCCUCCAGUGAAUGCACUUCUCUAUCCCCGAGCCUCAACACUUCUGAGUCGGGCAUUCCAGCUUCUGCCGAAUCCCCACAGCCUGUUCAGAGUGGCUCAUCUCUGACCAAGGCAGAACCUGUCACUUUGCCUCCCACGAGCACGCGGCUCGGGGACCUUUCUGCAGGUGGGCAAGUUUCCACAGCUUCCACGUCUUCAAUUCCAUCUGCUGUUACAGACAGCAGCGUUGCAACAAGCCUCCCAAACCCUGUGCUUCCAGCAGUAUCUGACCAGUUCAAGGCAAAGUUUCCAUUCGGUGGUCUGCUAGACUCUAUGCAAACGUCAGAAACCUCAAAACUACAACAGCUAGUGGAGAACAUUGAUAAGAAGAUGACAGAUCCAAAUCAAUGCGUCAUUUGUCACCGUGUGCUUAGUUGUCAGAGUGCUCUCAAGAUGCAUUACAGAACACAUACAGGAGAAAGACCAUUUAAAUGCAAAAUUUGUGGACGUGCCUUUACUACAAAAGGCAAUCUAAAAACGCAUUUUGGAGUUCAUCGAGCGAAGCCACCACUUAGAGUACAGCACUCGUGUCCCAUUUGUCAGAAGAAAUUUACAAAUGCAGUUGUUCUUCAGCAGCACAUUCGUAUGCAUAUGGGUGGGCAAAUUCCAAACACGCCGUUACCAGAGGGCUUCCAGGAUGCCAUGGACUCAGAGCUUUCCUAUGAUGAGAAGAAUGUUGACACACUGAGCAACUUUGAUGAUGACAUUGAUGAAAAUUCUAUGGAAGAGGACCCAGAGCUAAAGGACACUGCAAGUGACUCAUCCAAACCCCUUAUCUCAUACUCUGGGUCAUGUCCUUCUUCGCCACCUUCUGUGAUCUCCAGUAUUGCUGCUUUGGAGAAUCAAAUGAAAAUGAUUGAUUCUGUUAUGAACUGUCAGCAGCUGACCAGUUUAAAAUCCAUAGAAAAUGGAUCAGGAGAAAGUGACCAUUUGAGCAAUGACUCCUCAUCAGCUGUUGGUGAUCUUGAAAGCCAGAGUGCAGGCAGCCCUGCAAUGUCAGAGUCUUCUUCCUCCAUGCAAGCUUUGUCUCCUGUAAAUAGCAAUAGUGAAAGUUUCAGAUCAAAGUCCCCAGGUCUCAGUAACCAGGAAGAGCCACAAGAAAUACAAUUAAAGACAGAAAAACCAGACAGUCCACCACCCGCAACUGAAAACGGAGGAGCAUUAGAUCUGACAUCCACCAACCCUGGAAGACCGGUCAUCAAAGAGGAGGCUCCUUUUAGCCUGCUGUUCCUGAACAGAGAACGUGGUAAGUUUAAAAGUACAGUUUGUAAUAUCUGUGGCAAGCCUUUUGCUUGUAAGAGUGCAUUGGAAAUUCACUACCGCAGCCAUACUAAAGAACGUCCAUUUGUUUGUACAGUCUGCAGUCGUGGGUGUUCCACUAUGGGUAAUUUAAAACAGCACUUACUGACGCACAAAUUAAAAGAGCUGCCUUCUCAGUUAUUUGAACCCAACUUUACUCUAGGUCCCAGCCAAAGUACUCCUAGCCUGGUCACCAGUACAGCACCUACCAUGAUCAAAAUGGAAGUGAAUGGUCACAGCAAGCCGAUCUCUUUGGGUGAGGUUCCCUCGCUUCCAGCUGGAAUCCAGGUUCCUGCUGCACCACAGACAGUGAUGAGUCCAGGGAUCACCCCUAUGCUGGCGCCCCCCCCUCGCCGGACUCCCAAGCAGCACAACUGUCAGUCGUGCGGGAAGACCUUCUCCUCAGCAAGUGCACUGCAGAUACACGAGCGCACCCAUACCGGUGAAAAACCGUUUGGUUGCACAAUCUGUGGUAGAGCUUUUACCACAAAGGGGAAUCUUAAGGUUCACAUGGGAACUCACAUGUGGAAUAACGCGCCUGCACGCCGUGGCCGCCGCCUCUCCGUGGAAAACCCCAUGGCUCUGCUCGGUGGCGACGCGCUCAAGUUCUCUGAGAUGUUCCAGAAGGAUUUGGCAGCUCGGGCCAUGAACGUUGACCCCAGUUUUUGGAACCAAUAUGCUGCAGCUAUCACUAACGGACUUGCUAUGAAGAACAAUGAGAUUUCUGUCAUACAGAACGGAGGCAUUCCUCAGCUCCCAGUAAGUCUAGGCGGAGGCGCCAUUCCGCCUCUAAGUAACCUUACCGGUGGCAUGGACAAAGCUCGCACGGGCAGCAGCCCUCCUAUUGUCAGUCUGGACAAAGCAAGUUCUGAAACGGGAGCCAGUCGUCCAUUCACCAGAUUUAUUGAGGAUAAUAAAGAGAUUGGCAUAAAUUAAAAGCAUUCAUUCUGAAUAACUGUUGGACUGCUACUCGACACAACACUUGUCCUGUUCCAUGUACAGCUUUUGAAGCUAAGCAUUAGUUUCCUGACCUAAAUGCAUAGGUUCCCUUUAAAGUUUUACCCAUAGCAGAAAUACGUAACUUUGUGGCUGCUGAAAAGUUGUCUUGCAAGAUUUGCAUGGUACUUCUUUCAACAGUGAGUUUGACUGUUACAGAGAACUUUGAAAUCUUUUAAUUUAACAGAACACAAAAAAACCCACAAACAAAUCAUGAGAUAACUUCAUUAGACACAGAAAGAGGCUAGUCUACGUCUACUUUGCUUCUUACAAAACUUACUAUCACCUGAGAAAGGGGGGCUUCAUUACAGCAUUCUGUCUCACUUAUUUGCUGGUUUUGUUCAAAUUAGUUAGCAACUUGGACUAUGGUUUUAGGAAUCUUAAUCUUGAAUAAGUGAUUUAGUACCCCAAUGCUGUGUAUUAUUACAGUAUCCUUGUCUGUAGUAUUUAUAAUGUUAAGAUUAUGCGGGUAACAGACAAUAUACUAGCCCCAAACUUAAAUGAAGCUUUUGUACUGCAAAAUACAUCUGGCUAUGUGAUUUUUUCCUUUUUUUUCUUUUCUUUUCUUUUUUUUUUUUUUUUUUGUAUGUUUGGUUGGUUGGUUGGUUUUGGGUUUUUUGGUUUUACUAUAAAUAAGUGGUUUAUUUUAAUGCAGGCAAAAUUGUGAAGUUUUAUUGGGAAAGAUAGCAUGCUUUUCAUGUGCAAGUACCUGUCAGUAACAAACCUUUUUUUAUUUAAAUAUUUGUAGCUGCUAUGUGGACAGUUGUUCUAUUAAAUGAAAAAAAAAAAUGUAGUGUGGACUUUAGCUCAAUGAUUGGAAAGCAAGUUACAGACAAACCUGAGCACCGUAAAUUAUUCACAACAUUAUAAACAGUUGUGAGUAAAUACUCCAUGUUAUCAAAGCUGUACAAUAAAAAAGGUAAUGUUUGUAUAAUGUGGUUGCAAACUCUUAAUUUAUACUAUUGCACUUUUAGUAUUUUGUAUUAGGGAGGUUUGUCUAUAAUUUGAAACUGAACAAAGAUGUAAACUAUUUUAUAAAUAGUACUUUGGCUUAAGGAAUAAGGAGGAGAACCCUUUUGCAGUUUCUUGUUUUGUUUUAAGGUUGAACAAUGAGAGAUCUCUAUUAACUAAGCAGAAGAGUUGCAGAGAACUGUCAGAUCCUUAGGAAAUAUGGGGCCUGCCAUUUCUUAAAUAGAAAUGAUUCGUUUAACUUUCCUACAAAGCCCACUUAAAAGCGUGACCACACCCCACAGAAUUUUGAUACAUUUAUCUUAGGAGUGUGAUAUUAAUACAAGUCUAGGAUAGAGGAAGAACAUUGUGUAGGCUUAAUUUUACUGUAAUCUGUUCUGUCUCUUUCACACAUACCCACGAGAAACAUGUUGACUGCCUAAUAACAUGGGAACAAAAUAAUAACUUUUGGGCAGCAUGAGCAGUAGUAACAUACAAAUACUCUGUAUUUAUUUCCAACUCUUGCUGAUUAUCUUCUCAGAUUGCUCCAAAGCACAAUGUACUCUGAUUAACCGAAUACAAUUUUAUGUUAAUUGCAUUGUUUAAAUUACACCAAGUAAAUAAAGGGAAAGGUUCCACUCAUAAGCUAGGCUGGGGAUGCUGAGGAGACUGGGGCUUAAUCAAAACUUGAACAGUAAAUGUUUUGUGUACUACCUCAUUUUUGUGCAUUACAAGCAUGGUGGAGUUGACACUAUGAACUUCCGUCCAGUAGAACUGCUUAAGGGACGUUAUGGGUAGCUGGGUAACAGCGCAAGGAGUUUUAUGCCCCUGAAGAACGAAUCAAAUUGUGAGGUCUUCUCAGUUGAGACUGAAAAAUAGGACAAUCUUAUACAACAAAAACCAUUACUGUAAGAGGAUGGACUAUUUCUGCCAUCAUGUAAUGGAGUGAAAAGAGGUUCAAAGACUUAUUAGCUGUUUGUUUCUAUUGGAAAUGAACAAUGAACAGCUCCAUUUUCUACAGUGAUGAGAUAGGGAUAUAUAGAUACCUCUAUCUAUAUAUAAGCAAAAUUAUGUAUUUGUAACACCUCUGUAGUGUAACAUCUUUUUUUUGCCACAGUGUGUGAGUGGUUAGGGGUGUUUACAAGCAUUGGAAAAAAAAAAAGAAAACUGAGGUGGCUUAAUGUUGCUGUAUUUCAGCAGUUGAAUGUUUUUAUUUAUCUGUGUCUUUUUUGGUGUGACUUUUUUUUUUUUGUUAGUAUUUGGUACCAUGUAGUGUUAUCUCUAUUCCCUAAAGGAUGUGUAUAACUUAAAAAAAGGGAAAAAAAAAAGAUAAGAAAAAAAUUAAAAAGGAAAAAAAGAAAAAUAUGUAAAGUGUUGUAAAUAAGAUGGUUGAUGAUGGUACAGUAAGACUGACCCCAUUUUGUAUUCAGGGUUAGGUCAUUCCUCUCUGCAUGGUGAAGAGAGACACUAUUUUUAUACUGUGAUACCAUGUAGGGCUAGGAGCCUCCCUGAAACAGCUGGGAAUUGUUACCUAGAUCCAAUAUUUUUUAUUAUUAAAUCUUGUUGGCUUGACACAUCUACUGAUUGAAAUGGAUGUCUUAGUCUAGGUUACUAUUUUUGUCAUAUGGAAUUGAAUAAAAUGCAGGAUGUAAUAUAAUUUCUGAAUUGCGUUCCUUGAUUAUUCUAAUAACAGGGCAAGAUACACGACUAAGGUCACCUGUGGUAGAUUGGUGUCAAUGACUUCUAAUCGUCGCAUCUGAAAAUCGGAAUAAGGUCGACACCUUAUAUUCAAAUGCUAUUCUAAUAUAUUAACAAUGCAAAGGGACUGAAUUACUGAAGUUUCUUUUCCUAUGAAAAUAAAACCUAAAAACAUUUCUCACAAGACAGUAGAACAAAAAUCCACUGUAUUUUGGAGGGGGGGGAACAGUCUUUGGAGGGACUACUGUUUCAAAUUGACUGCUUUCUGAGCACUGAUACACCGCAUGAUAAAAUUUGGGAACAAAUUUAUCAGGAGCAGCUCAAAUUCUAAAAUUUUUGAAAAAAUAAAAAAUUGACAACUCGCAUCCAUUCAUUCCAAAUGACAUAUCCUGUACGUUUAAACCCAUGGCUUUGUUUCUUCUUUUUUUCCAGCAUCCUGAUUUAUCAAAGAAUGUCUAACUUUAACCAGAUUAUUUUUUCACAUUGCUUUAAAUGAAAGUAUUUCAUAUAAGGUUAGGCAUGUGAUAAAGUAUCUCCUGCAAAAAAGCUGUAUGUUGAGUAACCUUCAAGUUGUUAUAAUCCGGUGAUGAAUGCCUGCUGCAUUUAAAACGGACAAAAGAUAAAUAAAAGAGAAAAAUCUGUAUUAAUCAUCUUUCAGUGGCCUUGUUAUGAAGAUAUUCUGUUUUAUAAGACCUACCCAAAGAAGGUACGAGUUUUCUCCAGUGCUUCAAUGAUAGGUUUGUGCUUGCGUUCCUGCACGCAUAUCAUCCCUGAACCUUGUUGUGAGAAAACAAGAUAUGGAAAAGAGGAGGAAAGCAAAGAAAUCCUGAUAGUUCUGGUUCUGUUCAAAACAAAAGAGGAAAAUUACCUGCCCUCCCCUCCUUGCAAAAAAAAAAAAAAAACUGAAUUAGAAUAGUAUCUAUUUUAAAAUAUGCAUUGGUUAUUUUUUUUAUUAUAGGGAAUCAUUGAAUAAUAAAAUGUGCUACAAAUGGUCAAAGUCUGCUGAAUUACAGAGCCAUGUAGGAAUUCUAUAUAGUCAGAAAAAUUGCUGGUUACAGUUUUUUGAGGGGAGGGUUAUUUUAUGAUACGAGAAUUCCAGCAAGGCUUUCAUACUCUUUACUUAUAUUUUUUUCCCAUGAGUUACUAGAAAGCAUUUAUGUCAAAGGAUUGACAUAACCUACUUUUUUGCCAUUUUGUUUUUUUGGUUUUGUUUUCCUUUUACAUAUAUAAGCCCUCAAUUUAGUAUUUGUUACUCUACCUAUUUUGUCCUUUCUAUCUUGGCAAAUACUUUGCUUUUCUAAAGCUGCGUUUGUGCUGUGUUUGUGUUGCCUUUAAUUUACUUCUCUGCAUGUACUCUGUCAUUUGGAAAUAUACUGUUUUAUUUUUUUCCUUUUUCUCUAAUUCUGCAGAAGUCAAAAGAGCUACCUGUAUUUUACAUCUCUGUGUAAUACUAGCAUAAUGAAUGAUGAAGUCUUCAGUGAUGUCAGGUAUGUGCAUAGUUCACAGGAUUGGCUAACAAACAUGCCAUUCUCGCUCUUUCCUCCAGAUGAAGGCAUGAUGUUUGUUAGUGUUGCUGGUAUAGGGCAAAUACAGACGGUCAGGAGGAUGGAAGUCCUUAUGCUAACUUCAUUUGCCUGCUUUUAUACCACUGAAACUCCAUGGGCUUCUGUGGAGAUACUCCAGGUUUAUACUGGUGCAAGAGGGACUGCUUCCACGUUCAGAUGUCUUGCUUUACUUUACAUGUCAUCAAAACAAUGACUACUUAUAUAGUAUAUUAAAAGUAUGUCUAGGCAAAACCAUUCUGGACUUUUAUUUUUAAAAAAGAGGGAAAUGAGAAUACAUAUAUAUUUUAGUACAUACCACAGGAUUAUCCUAGUUUUAAAGGAGGUCCUGAAAGUUGAACUGAAAAAAACCCAGAUUACUCUGCCCCUUAAUACAGAAUUUGAUAUAAUCAUAUGAAUAAUCGGUACUUUUUCACAUAAAUGAGUAAAAACUUGUAACUUUUAUGCAUGAAAGUAGAAAAAUGUGAGAAUCUUGCUACGGCUGUCCUACACAAGACAGGCACUCACAGGGAAUCUACUUUUGUAGAUACUAAACAUAUCAGCAGAUUUAUGAGAACAAAAAUAGAUGUUUGUGUGUGUUACAUCACCAGUGCAUAGUAUUUUAUUUUUUCAGAAGGGAGAAUGUUUCAAUCAGGUGACAGAGUGACAAAUGUGAAAGCCAACAGCUUUCAGCAGUGCCACUGAUGCAUUUUAGGGAUGUGGGCAAGUCACUAAUUAGUCUCUGAUUCUGCUUGAGAAUUACAUACUUCUGGGGCCUCUGGGAAUCAGGAAUUGAUCUCCCCAUUGCAGAGUCAGCUAGCACCUUGUAGUGUUGGGAUGAGUUGCCCCAUCAGCAAAGAUGGGGUAGUACUUUUGUACCUACCUCACAGGGAUGUUGUGAGGAAUAGUUUUAUGCUUGUACAGUGUUUCAGAGAUGGAAAAUGCUCGGUAUUCUCGUUGAUUUUAGAGAGUUUACAGUACAUGUACUGUUAUUUAUUAUUUGUACUGCAGUAGCACCUAUAGGCUCCAGUCAGGACUGAUAGGCCUUAUCCUAAAUGUUGUACACUCACUGACUUGGAACUGAUAACAAAGUUUUACUCAGUAACAUUUUUUCCAGUGGAGGCAUUUCAUUAUCAAGUAUCCAUUUGAUUACUAUAAGGUUUAAUUCAAUUAUUUAGGUGUUCAAAUUGAUUAUUUGUUUUAGACUAUGACAGAGAUUAUUUGGUAUCACAUUUUGUUUUGAGCUUGUACUGAUUUUCAGAAAAAGUGCACCGAUUUUCUAUGGAUAAUCUAGAAUCAAAUCUUGCUAUCACUGGAAUUCUACUGUAUUUUGCUAUUAAAGCUAGACAUUAAAAUAAA